UCCAUUCAGAAUGCAUUAGGAUAAAACUGAUCAGGAUUCUUCCGGCAUAGAGCCCCGACGACGGAACUCUAUGCCGGAAGACUAUAACGCAGAUGUGAAAGAGCCCUUAGCUAUUUUCGGAACUUCUAUAGCAGUGAAAGUUAGCGCAUCAUACAUGCACUGCCACCUCUCCAUUCACCGCUAUGGGACUACUGGAAAUAGCCAGGCGUUGGCUCAGCUAUUUCUACUAGCUCCAUAGUGUUCAAUUGAGGGGUGACCAUAUCCUAGUCAUAUGCUAUCAAUGUCUGAGAUUGGAAUACCCUUUUAAAAUGUAUUAUUGUUUUUUAACAAAAUGGAAACAGGAAAUGAUAUCAUCCAAAAAGGACCACCCCACCACCACAGGGAGUCCUCCUUGAUAUUCACAUCAAGUAAAACUCACCAUCAUCCUCGACACCUUCUCUCCAUUUUUCUUUAUUAUUUAUUUUUUAUUCUUCUCUAGAGCUCUUCUCUCCUCCAGUACUGAGAGUAUCUCCAGAGUUGGUCAACGAGGGGGAGAACAUGAUUCUAUCUUGUGACACAAAACUUAGUGAACAUAGGCAGACUACAGAACUGCAGUAUGCCUUCUACAGAGACGGGGAAGACAUUCAAGGGUUCAACUCUUCUAAUAUAUAUGAGGCUAAAUUCAUAAAGGAGGAAAAUUCUGGGACAUAUACAUGUGAGAUACAAGCAUCAAACGGCAGUGUAAAGAAGAGGAGUAAGGAAGUUCAGAUAGAAGUGUCAUAUCACUCUAUGAUCAUACUAUCUGUAAGUUUGGGGCUGCUCCUACUCAUCGUCAUCAUCUCUAUCUUUGUGUUUGUAUACAAUAAACGCCGAUCAUCCAACAAUAACUUUCAGCCACCAACAGCUGAUGACAGUAAAUACACCGCUGUAUAUCGAGUUACUACUACGAAACUUGACAAGACUAAUAGUCCACAAAGUUCUGUUUCAAAAGACAACGGAUCUGAUGUAGUCAAUGUUGUAGAAAACUCCAAGGCUAAACAACAAGUCAAGUUCUCUCAAGAAAUGCCUGACACUUCAGAUGACAUCUAUCAGAAGAUCAUCUAAAAUGUUCUGCUAAGACAUCUGCAAGCUCUUAAUAUGGCACAUGACAAGGACAGCUUUUCCCUUAUAUAAAUGGCUAAUUACAUGAAAGAUGUCUUGGUUCGAUCUAAUUAUUUGGUAUAACAAGACCAGUGCUCAAUACAGAGAUUUUCCUUAAAGAAUUUCAUUUCAUUUAACCCUUUCGACCCGGAGGAUUUUUUUACUUUGAUUUUCGCUCCCCGCAUUCUUAGAGCCAUACCUUUUUUAUUUUUCCAUUUACAUAGUCAUUUGAGGGCUUAUCUUUUGCAUAACAAGUUGUAUUUUCCAACGCCACCAUUUAAUAUUGCAUAGAAUGUAGUGGGAAAAAAUUCCAACGGUGGUGGAAUUGGAAAACAAAUGCAAUUUUGCCACAGUUAAACGUUUAUUUUUUAUAUGGUGCUCAUUAUUCAGUAAAACUAACUUGUGAUCUUCAUUCUCUAAAUCACUCCAAUUAAAAAAUCUGCCUGCAUCCUCCUGAGAAAAUCUGUAGCGUCAUGGCCGCUAGGGGUAUUACUUCUACUUAAUUUGCAGUGUGCUGCCUGUUGUCAGGCAACAUUCGUCCCUGGUAAUAGAGACACAGAAGAUGGCAGAGAGGAAAUGGGGGCAUGUCAGAGCUAGCUGAGAUCCUGAGCCUGAUAAAAGAACAGCUUCUACACUUCUUCUGAAGGUCAAAGGAGCCUCAUGCUUUUCUGUGUGAUCGCUCCCACAGAGCCAUCACAGAACUAUCAGAGCUGAAAACAAGGGAAAGGACAUUACAGCAGUACAGUGAAGGCAGAUUCCAUAAAAGGGAGAAGCCCCCGGCUUUUGAGAGAAAUGUAUCUAGCUGGGCAGCUGAAUAAAUAGGCUGAAAAAGACAUUACGGAAGCCCAAAAGACCUGUUCCUUCACAGUUAUGAUUGUACAAAUCAUGCAAACAUUUUUGAAAACUUGCUUUACCUUCCUCUGGAUCUCCAAUGAUUUUCAUCUUUACAAACAACGCGACUACAAAACAAAUAACCUAAUGGCAAUGUGAUCUCCUGAUCCCAUGUAGUACAGUCUUAAACUUAUCAAAAGUUUAACUUCGACCCACAUAACUCUUCCCUUCUAGAGUGGAUACAUAUGUCCAAAAAUUCGGACAAAGGUAUCACUAAGGGUUACCAACUUCUAAAAGAAUUCUGAAUUAGGCUCUUUUGUCUCAGAUUCAGAAUGGAAAGAAGCGUAUACUUGUGUCUCUAAAUUAUCCAAAUGCUCUGACCAUCUAGAAGGGGCAAGAAAAAUCCUGUAUAGAUGGUAUAGAACCCCCCCUAGGAUAUUCCCAGAUAUUACCCCAGAGUGUUGGAGAUGUGGAAACGCUCCAGGCUCAUAUAUACAUUUGUGGUGGGAUUUCCCCACAGUUAGAAAAUUAUGGAACUCGGUAUUCAAGUCCAUUUCAUCUAUAGCAGGUAGCCCUAUUAAACCUUUAUCUAAGAUGGCUCUCUUGUCUAUUGGGCUUAUAGACCUUCCUUACCAUAUUCGGUCGAUAGUCAGUCACUUAAUUUUCGCUACUCGACUAAAAAUCGCUGCUUGCUGGAAAUCUGGUAACCUUCCUAAUAUUAAUAGAAUUUUUAGAACACUGGACAAUAACUGCUUAUAUGAAGGUUUAUGGGCAUCUUCUCAGAACUCUAAAGCCUCGUUUCAGAAAAAUUGGGAAGUGUGGCUUAAUCAUAACAAUUGUAAGUUACCUUCUAAUACUGCCAUUAGACUAUAAAGAUGUGUAUCCCACAAAGAUAUGUAUUUGUGCAUAUAACACUUUAUCUGUUUAUUUGUCACACACUGUGUAUUGAUAUCUAUUACCUAUAGACUCUAUACGAUUGUCUCCUUUAACUUUAAUUAAGUUAUGUUUAUGUCUAUGUGAUUGAUAUAUAUUUAUACUGUAACCUACUAUUUUAUAUUUUCAAUAAAAACUAUUGUC